GAAGACCUUUUAUCUCUUAUGAUUUAUUAAAUAUUUAGAUAUUUUGUAAAAAUGUCUUAUUAUAAUUCAUUUCUAUCUAGAAGAUCAGGAACAUUUUUUUAUUCAUUAACGUAAACAAUAUAUUUUGGAAUGCAGUUAAAAUACGAUAGUUCAGCAGUUCACUUUCUUAUCAACAACGCUAAAUAUAAUGCGUAUUUUCUAUACAUUAUAAAUUUCACUUUUAGUAGAUGUUGAACACUGAAUAAAAACACUUUUGGCAAUGCGAGUAUUUUGUCUGUGUCUUUUGUUUUUAAUCGCAAUUGUAGUAAAUGUUUCAGCUGAUUUGUCAUGUAAGGAUGAAGACAACAAUGAUGUCGAUUGGUGGUUCAUGUAUCUGCAGGAUGAUGAAAAAUACUUCUAUGUGACCAGCGAAAAUUACAACAAGUGGCAGAUGUCGAAUGAAACACUGAUGAGUAAUCGAUCUCUGCUAUUCAGAGGAUUGAAUUUAGAAUAUCUUGCAGCUUAUGCUACUUACAACGAUGUUUUUACCAAUGGCACCACAUUCGAUUGGGGUGGAGCUUCUAGGGGAUUAAUCGCCGCAUCCGCAACUGUACACUCAGGAAUUUGGAUUAUACACUCGAUGCCCCUCAAUGGUACUCUAAAUCAGACGUAUGGAGAACAUUAUCUUUGUCUAACACUCGAUAAAAAGGGCGUAGAAAAAGCGGCUGAACUUUUGGUACUCUCUGAGCCGCACUUUAACUUAACACUCCAAUCCAAUAAUCUCGUCGAUAUUUUUCCGCUUCUGCAUAAUGCCAUCGGUCCCAAUACAUUCCCGACUGGCGACCUUGAGCUAGAUGUGGAGCUAAGCACCUUGAAAGGAAGAAAGUUUCGGUUCUUUGGCAAACAUCCGUCAAUCUACAAGGAGUUAUAUGCCGACAUUGUCGCCCCGGCGCUUGGAGUUAAUCUUUUUGUGCGAACCGAUCGUAAUAGCUGUUCAGCCUGUCAAAAUUUACCGAACAAAUGCAACGACAACAAGAUCUACAACAUAAAGGAAGUUGUCGGCCCUCAAGGUAGAUCGAUAUCUGCAUUAGCAGAUCGAUCCAAGUGGGCCGUAUCCCAGAAGAAUUCUGGCGGCGAUUGGAUCUGCAUCGGGGAUCUCAAUCGCCAUCAAUCGCAUCUAAGUCGCGGGGGCGGCGCCAUCUGUCUCGAGGAUUCAGUUGUAAGCGAAAGAUACCGCGAAUUGAUUUCCACAUACGAAGAGUGUGAAUAACCAAAUGCGUAAUGUAGACUACCACACCUUGGACUUGUUUACAACUAUCAACGUGAAUUGAAAUUUAUAUUUAUCAAUUCUAUUACUUAUAAAAUUGUUGAUAUUAUUUUAUUUAAUUACCCAGUUGUAAAUUUAAAUGCUUUCUUCUAAAGUAGAUUUAUAUCAACAAAAUAAAAAUAAAAUGCAACAGAAACAAAUUCAAAUACUUUUUUUGC